ACUAAACUCUCCAAGGGACCCCCAAUCCAUGCCCCCUACAAAACCGCGAUCGCCCCUCGACCCCAAACCUCUCCGACCCCGCCGCCGCUCCUCAACCUCAAACCCUCCAUUUGUACCCACAAAACCUACGAAACCAAUGACAGACGAAUCGCUUCGCCAGAAAUCCGUACAAACCUUGGCGCAGGCGAUAACGAGUAAUGCGCCGGCUCCGGGAGAUGAUCAUUUGAGGAUUGCGCAGGAUGUUGAGGAGGCAAUUUUUCAGGCGCAUGGAAGUGCGACGGGGAAUGACUAUCGGGAGGCUGUGCGGUCGAGGAUUCUGAACUUGAAAGACCCCAAGAACCCCGACUUGGCCUCUCGCCUAACAUCCUCCGCGAUCACCCCGCAAACCUUCGCAACGAUGUCUAUCCAAGAAAUGGCUUCCCCAGCUCUGAAACACGAAAUCGAGGAAAUUCGGGACGAGAAUAUGAGGCAAGCGGUCGAGGUGGAGGAGAAGCAGCCGAUUCAGGUGGAUGAGGAUAUGCCGCCGGGGGAGGGUGGAGCAGAUGUUGGGAGGACUGGGCAGAUGGGGUUGGAGUUUGAUCAGCCUGGGAGUGCGAGUGCGUAAGUAAUCAGUCAGGUGUU